GUGUAGCUCCGUCAGCUCCGCGCGCUGUGACAUGACAGCGGCUCUCGCGGAGCUUCACACGCCGUCUGUGGGCUUCUCUCCACAGCUCGCCUCCAUGGCAGGCCGCCCGGAGCCGGAGCCGGAGCCGGAGGUGCCGGGGGACGCGGUGGGCAGGCGGGUGUCGUGCGGCGGGGAGCGGGCCACGGUGCGGUACGUGGGUCCGGUCCCGCCGACCGCAGGUGUGUGGCUCGGUGUGGAGUGGGACGACCCCCAGAGAGGCAGACAUGACGGCAGCCAUGAAGGAGUGCGCUACUUCAGUUGCAGACACCCUAGAGGAGGCUCCUUCAUCCGCCCGGCCAAGGCCAGCUUCGGAGUGGACUACCUGACGGCUCUGCAGCAGUUCUACCAUUAUGACGUCGAGGAGGUGGACAGCAUCCUGUCCUUCUACACCAAAGACCGCAGCCUUGACAAUCUCAGCUCCGUCUUGCUGGUGGACUCUGAGGUGAACGGUCCGGGGCCUGACGGAGCCGCAAGGAGAACCACGCCCAAUGUGCAGCUGCUGGACCUGAGCGGCUCCCUGCUGCCGUCCUGGGAGGAGGCGGCCCGGCUGGGCCUGCAGCUGGAGCAGCUGGAGCAGCUGAGGCUCAGCCGUACCAGGCUGGCUCCGCCCCCGGACCCGCCCUCUCUCAGCCACGCCUUCUCCAACCUGAAGCUCCUGCACCUGAUCCGGUGUGAGCUCACCUGGCCUCAGGUGCUGCACUGCGCCCCCAUGUGGCCGCGGCUGGAGCGUCUGAGCGUCGCAGAGAACAACAUAGUGGAGCUCCAGAGGCCCCGGGGCGUGCUGGAGGGCCUGGUCAGCCUCAGCCUGGAGCUGAACCCGCUGGAGCAGGACGCCCUGCUGCAGCUGUCCGCCCUGCCCAGCCUGCAGGACUUGAACGUGUCUCAGACCGGACUGUCCGCCGUGCGGUUCCAGGACGCCGCUCCGGGACACAGGACGGACAUGUUUCCCCAGCUGAAGACUCUGCUGGUGGACGACAACAACAUCAGCCAGUGGAGUGUGAUCGAUGAGUUAGCCAAACUCCCCAGGCUGGAGCAGCUGUCGUGUCGCCGUAACCCCCUGCAGAGCGGCGACAGAAACCCCGCCACCGCCGAGCAGAUGGUGCUGGCCAAGCUGGGACGGCUGCAGGUCCUGAACGGCCGUCAGGUCCUGCCCGAGGAGCGAGGGGGGGCGGAGCGCGACUACCUCAAGAUGUUUGGCCGGGAGUGGCUGCAGAGCGAGGGCUGCCAGGAGUCCAGGGCCCGCUUCAGCCAGGAGCACCCCCGGUACCAGGUCCUCGUCAGCAAGUACGGAGCAGCAGAGGAGAGCGAGAUGAAGAAGGUGGUGUCGGUCCCCCUGAAGAAUCAGCUCUUAAAGAUCACCUUCCUGUUCCCCGACGACCCGGACCGCCGGCCGGUACAGAAGAAGCUUCCGGGCUCCAUGGAGGUCCAGAAGGUGAAGGGCCUCCUGCACAGACUGCUGAAGGUUCCUUCUGCAGACCUGAGGCUCACCUACUGCACCCCCAAAAAGGAGGGAACAGAGUUCCAGCUGGACGGAGACUUGAAGCCGCUGAAGUUUUACGCCAUGGAGGACGGAGACCAGGUGCUGGUCCGCUGGUCCUGACAGGAUGGAGACCAGGUCCUGGUCCAGGUGUGGCGGUUUUCUUCCUGUGGACUCCUGGAAGCGUUGCUGUGUGUUCUGGCGGCAGGACAGCCUGGACUGACUGUUUAAACCCGGUCAAAUGGAGUGUAUGGUCCGUUAACACGCUGAUGACUGCUUUCUCUACGUCUCGCAUCAUUUAAACAUAAAUACAUGAACUUGUAAAUACAUCACCAGUGUCUGUCCAUGUAUUGUCUCCGCUGUGCUCCCUCUAGAAUGUCUCAUUCUAAUCACACACUUCUUUUAACAGAACGUCACAUGCAGAACCACUUUAUUGGUUGGAACUCCAGAGAGACUGUGCAGGAAUCGUUUCCGGUUUGUGUUUCAGACUCUUGUUUCUUUUGAGUGACCUGGACUUGAUGUGGAAAGUGUUCCGGUGCCUCUUCAGCCCGCCGGCUGUCACUGCAGCGACGGUUUGUUGGUUCUGCUGGUUCUUUUGACACCGACACACAAUCUAAACCGUCAACAGCUGUUAGUGGCAAAAAUAAAAUUCA